ACUUGCAUUAUUAGAACAGGGUUCAGCAGUGGGUGGGAUGGUCUUGUCAUUUGGUCAGACACAAAAUAAAGAAGAAGCGAUGCCAGUGUUGAUGGUACCAACUGUUGAUAUACCCGGUUCUGUAAUAGACCAACUCAAUAAUGAAGUUGGAUGA